ACUUGAAGGUGACCUCGUAAGUCCGUAAGCAAUCGAACGGUAGACUGACCCUGUUUUGAGAUUCUCAGACAGCGAGUCUUGAUUCGACUUGAGCGCGAUACUCUUCUACCCGACUGGCCAGUUCAUCAUGGUGGCAAGCGUUUGGUUGCCGAUCUUUGGUCUUCUUAUCUUGGCUAGUUUUUCUUCGGCAGGCCCGUUAGACUGUGGAGAAGGAAACUGGGAGGUGGAGAUAACUGGAACUAAGCCAGGGGAGAUCUAUAGCCCUAACUUUCCAACAGCGUAUCCAGCAAAUAGGGACUGUACCUGGAAAAUCAAAGCUCCUCUGGGGAACCUCAUCAGAGUGACAAUAACCAACCUUAACCUCGCAAAUGGAGAUACGUUGACUUUCUCUGAUGGUGAAACAGCUUUUCCUGGAAAUAGGAUUGGACAAUAUUCUAACUGCAUGGAUGGGAAGCUGCCACUGUUUUCUACUGGUUCAAACAUGCUGGUACAUUUCAAGUCAAACGCGGCUGGCGAAGACAAGGGGUUUAAACUUACUUUUAAAAUCGUGAAAAAGAGUAAAGUCGAAUCGGCCGGGAAAGUUGAACGAACUUGUUCACCGUUAUCCCGAGUGAGUGGCGAUUCUGGUUACAUAGCUCAUCAGGAGUUCCCCGACUCCUUGUCAAAACAAGUACAAUGUAGCUGGGAGGCCUCUGUUCCUUCAGGAAAGAGAAUUUUCUCGUCCUUCAAGAUGUUUGGCAUAGGGGACAAGAAGGAUGGUUACUGCUCAGACUAUGUUUUGCGCCACAAUUUUCAAGGUUCAGCAACUGCCGGUAGAUACUUUUGCGGAUGUAAGCUACCCAAUAACAUUGCCAGUACCACUAAUGUAGGUUUCUACAAAUUCGCUACGUACAAGAAUGAUCAAAUAUAUCCUGGCUUUCUGGCGUACUACAAGGGAUUAGACCCAGGAACGUGUGUUGAUCAAAAGAGCUGUUCCCAACUGGAAGAUGACCGUAACGUGGGAUUCGACAGGAAUGGAAAUAUCUUGUUUGAGAGGAAAACAGUGACUACGACUCCACCUCCAACAACUGCACCGAAAAAAGUUUCAGCUCCAGUAAAACCAUUUCAAGUCAACUGCAAAAAAGACGAGAUUGAAAUCGUCCUGAAUAUCACGAAGUACCCAGAACUUCAACAUCAAUCUGCCACACUUUCAGACAGCUCUUGCAAGGCCUCUCACACCAACGCUACGCAUGUGUUCAUCCGAACAGCGCUGGACGAGUGUGGUACCACUCACAACUACAGCUCUGAUGGUCGCUACAUCAUCUAUCAUAACGAGAUCUUGAUCCAAAAGAAAGCUCUUUCUAAGGGAGAGAGUAGCGUCAUUACGCGAGAUCACGAAGCGGCGUUUGUGUUCGAAUGUAAAUAUCACCGGAGUGUCGUGAUGUCUGUGGUGCAUUUCACACCAGCCAGGGCAAAGGUUUACACCAGAACAGAGAAUUUUGGUAACUUUACGUACGAAAUGGAAAUGUUCAAAAGCGAGAAGUACGACGAGGCCCACGACAAAUAUCCUGUCACCGUGUUGGCGAACCAGCGCGUUUACUUCCAGACCAAAGUGGUAGCAAACGAUACUGAUUUAGUUCUUCUGGUAGAGAAUUGCAAAGUCACGCCUUCGAAAGACAUAAACGACAAGGAGUUUUAUGUAAUCAUUGAAAAGGGAUGCGAGCGUGACGAAACCCUGAAGUACAACCACAAACUAUCACCAUUCCAGAGGUUCAGCUUCAAUGCUUUCUACUUCGAGGCAGAUCGCGAAGCCACUAUCCAUCUUCACUGUAAGGUGCGCGUGUGCCGUAGAGCUGACAAGAAGUCUCGAUGCGUGGAGGGAUGUCCUUACAGCAAGAGACGCAGAAGAAGCGAGGGUGUGGAGAGUGAGGACAUUAGUGGAACGCUUAUGGUGGGGCCUCUGGAGAUCAGGGAUCGCGGUGCAAGUUCCGGCAGGCCGUCGUCACCCGAAAGCCGCACGAUGAUCGUCGAGGUGCUGAUCGGUGUACUCGGCUUCAUCGUUAUGCUGCUUGUGGUCGCUGUCAUCUUUGUGGUCGUUAAACAUCAACGUCGCCCAAAAAAGCUAUCUUUGAUCGUAGAUGAUAAUUGAGUGGCUUCGAUCUUGUUUUAAACCAGGAUAGUUUUCUUCUAGUUUAAGUGAAAAUAAAAGAAGUGUACCUAGGACUAUUUUUUGUAA